UAUGUGUAGAUGGAUCUAGAUUUAGCCUUAGUUGAUAAUUGUUGUAAACAAAAAGGGGAAUGGAUGCCUUAUCUCUGUCUGCCGAUUAUCUUAUCCUGGAGGGGGCUGAAUGUAAAAAGUGGAAAUUCCAAAUCUUGUUUUUGGAAAUCUUGUGUUGUUCUUUGGAUACCCAUUUUUGUUGUUGCGAAAAUUGUGCAUUAGUGGCCCCUCCUUUAUUAGCCUAUCUAUCUUGUGAAGGCAUGCUCAUUAAUUAUAUGUCAUAUAGGCAAAUAAGUGAGCGGGAUUAAUUAGGUGGAUUCCAGGUUUUUAUUGUUAAUGAUGUUUUAAGCUUGUUCCACUUAUGGAAAGAUAUGAAUGCUACUGCCUUUUGUUCACCGCUAGAUUUGUCUAAUUUGUAAUUCCUUCAUUGACCUUUUUGUAAGUUAUUACUUUACAUGGAAGGUAUGAUUAGUGAUUUUGUUGUGGUUUUUAAAUUGGGAUUUCUCUCUUAACUUUGCUUUAUUUAUUCUCUUAGUCAAUGCAUACACUGCAACAAUGAUGCAUUAUAGAGUUCUAAGAUGCAUGCAUUUGUGUGAUUGAGUCUGAGGAAGAGCAAUGCGCAAAUAACAUUGCAUGUGUGUUUGAUUGAGGUUACUAUUGUUUGUUUGGACUUUUGAGAAGGUUAAUGUUUUAUCAAUUUGAUUUUUUCCUAACAUGCCCUUAAUCUGGCAAGUUUGUUUGGAUGUGGUGGUUUGGUUUGAUGUCUGGUUUUGUUUAGAUUCUUUUGCUGUUCCAAAAUUUGGACAACCUGCCUCAAAGUGUCUCUCUGUAGACUGUAGUCCUCUGAUUAAUGUCCAAUAAUAAUUGUAUGAGCAACCCAUUGCCAGAGGAGAAGGCCUUGGAAAAAUGGCAUUGCCACCUAUGUUACUCAGACUCAAAUGCAAGUGCUGGAUAUGAGUAUGUAUUCAAUAAUAGUAUUGUCAGAUUUUUUAAAGUUUUUCCAGAGGAUCAAUGAAGAUUAUAUCUUUAUAUCCAUAAAUCGAGCACGAUUUGUCGGAUACACUGAAAAGAAAAACAAGAGCUGGAGCAACUAGAUAGCUGUCAAUACUUAAACAAGUCAAAAAUAGAGUCGGUGUAAUAUAGAUUGCAGCCAGAAUAGCUGCUGGGCUGCUGUUUAGGAGAAUGAUUGGUAAUUGAUGCAUUUGUUGAAUAAUAUUGCUUGCAUUGUAUCUAGGCCAUCAUAAAUUAUAUAUUCUUCAACUGCUGAUUAUUAUUAUUAUUUAUUUUGCAAACUAAACUUUUAUGAUGCUUGAUCCCUUGCAUAUGUUCACUGGGUAGAUAAAUAAGCAAAUAAAAUUGUGUGUUUUGGCCAAGAAAAUAUAAUUUCUGUAUGCAAAUUAACUUUCAGGCUACCAUGUGUGCAACUAAAAUGAUUCCUUGAAUGGUUCAUCGACCUUUGUUUGGCAUAAUCAGCAUUGUAAGAAGAUAGUUUUUGCAUUUAGUAACAAUUUUCUUAAGUUAAAAAUAGAUGAAAAUGUUAUUGCUCUAUGUGGAAUAAACACAAGUGCUUACCUAAAUUUAAUUGACAACGUGUUUUUAUCAAGCUUACUAAAAUUUAUUUUUUGUCGCAUGCUCAACAGAAAUGGGUUUGGUUUCUUAUCAACCUUAAUUUGACAUAGGCGCUUCUGUAACAACCUUAAAUUUUUUAUAGUAUGACUUUAUUAUGUAUGGAUAUGAUUAUUGACUAUGACUAAUAUUUUAUUAUGAUGGAUUGGAGAUAUCGGCUGGCAAGCAAUUCCAGUAGGAUAUGGAGGAGGAUUAGAUAAAAGACACUACGAGACACCAGCUAUUAUUAUGUAAUAACUUUCUUACAUCAUAUUCGCAAUCGCAAGAAAUAAAUUUUACAAAAAAGAAAAAUGAAUAUAUUUUAAAAAAUCAUUGACCGUUUGAUUAAAAUAAAAUGGAUCAAGGAAUGAUUGACGAUUGGAUUCUUGCGGGACCCCCUUUACAGUGGCGCCUAAAUCAACAUAACGAUAUUCAACAGAAUAUUUAACUGAAAAUUUCACCCUUACUCUGUCUUCAAAGUCCUCCAAGAAAACACCAAGAAAAUUUUCUGGCUCCUCCAAGAAAAUAAACAAACAGAAAUGCGGAGACACUUGGUUUUUUGGCUUCAAUGCACUGCCAUCUUGCUGCUGUUAUCUCCAGUUUCAUCUCUUGCAAGACCGCUUCCUCAAGGAGACCCACUUUACUUGAACUUUGUGUUGAAUGCGACGUAUUUUCCAUCUGAGGACUACUAUGACUACAUCGUCGUGGGAGGAGGGACCGCAGGUUGUCCAUUAGCCGCCACUUUGUCACAGUCAUAUCGGGUUCUUGUCCUUGAAAGAGGAGGCGUUCCCUAUGGUAACCAAAAUUUGAUGAAUCAAGAAGGGUUCUUGACCACACUCACUGAGGUCGACACCUUCGACUCUCCUGCUCAAAGCUUUACUUCCGAGGACGGGGUCCUAAAUGCCCGCGGACGUGUUCUUGGUGGCAGUAGUGCCAUCAAUGCCGGCUUCUAUAGCCGAGCUGAUCCUGAGUUUUAUGAGAGUUCCGGUGUGAAUUGGGAUCUCAGUUUGGUUAACCAAUCUUAUGAGUGGGUUGAGAGGGGAGUUGUGUUUAGGCCAGAGUUAAAGAACUGGCAAUCAGCUGUUAGGGAUGCUUUGCUAGAGGCAGGGAUUGAUCCUUACCAUGGCUUUACUUUGGACCAUUUGGUUGGAACAAAGAUCGGAGGCUCCACUUUUGAUAGCUCCGGCAAGAGGCAUAGCGCCGCGGAUCUUCUGAAUUAUGGAAAACCAGCAAACAUUAAAGUAGCACUUUAUGCAAGUGUGGAAAGGGUAUUACUGGCUUCUUCUUCUUCAAAUGUGUUGUCUCGGCAGUCUGCGAUCGGGGUCGUGUAUCGCGAUGAAACGGGAAGGUAUCACCACGCUAUGGUGAAGGAAAAAGGUGAGGUGCUGCUAUGUGCUGGAGCCAUUGGAAGUCCACAGUUAUUGCUGCUGAGUGGAAUUGGUCCAAGGCCUUACUUGUCUUCUUGGGGAAUUCCGGUUGUAUAUCAUCAUCCAUAUGUAGGCCAAUUUGUUUACGAUAAUCCGAGGAACGGCAUCUCAAUUUUGCCUCCAAUCCCACUAGAGUACUCACUUAUACAGGUUGCUGGGAUAACGGAAAUGGGGGCAUAUGUUGAGGCUGCUUCAAAUGUUAUUCCUUUUACAACCCCUUCACGCUCAGCGUUCAUUAGACCACCUUCUUCCCCUCUGCUUUUAACAGUGGCUACUAUCAUGGAGAAGAUUGUCGGGCCUAUUUCAACUGGUUCGUUAAGGUUGGCCUCGACUGAUGUCAGGGUGAAUCCUAUAGUACGCUUUAACUACUUUAGCAAUCCCAUAGACUUGGAGAGAUGUGUGAAUGGAACACGCAAGAUUGGGGAUAUCUUGAGGAGUCGGUCCAUGGAUGAUUUUAAGUUCAACGAAUGGUUUGGGAGCAGAAAUUUCAGGUUUGUAGGGCCUUCAUUGCCUGUUGACCAAUCAAACUAUGAACAGAUGGCAGAUUUUUGCCGGCGUACUGUGAGCACCAUAUGGCAUUACCAUGGUGGCUGUGUUGUGGGGAGAGUGGUUGAUCAAAAUUAUCAUGUUAUCGGGAUUGAUGCGCUCAGAGUAGUUGACGGAUCAACGUUUACUAUAUCGCCAGGAACCAACCCUCAGGCAACAGUGAUGAUGCUUGGGAGGUACGUUGGCCUGAGGAUAAUCAAAGAGCGAAAGCGAUUGAAAUGAAGCCUGCUGCUGGUCUGCUAUUCAGAUAACUGGCUAAUUGUUUUUAGUUUUCAAUUCUACUUUUGGUUGGUGAUAAAUCAAAGGUGUGUCUUAAAUUUUGGUGAUUGGUUUAUUCGUAAAAGUAACAUGGCUAAUAAAGAAGAUUGGAGAGGAUUGUUGUA